AUGGCAUCAACUGUACAAAUUUCCAAUGUGAAUGAGAGUCCUUUGUCUCGUCGCAUUUUCAUCAUCGGAGGGGGGAUAGUUGGCGCUUCGCUCUCGCAUUUUAUUUCCCAAGAGCAAACGGACCGCGAGGUGAUCGUUAUUGACAAAUGUUGGGAUGAGCUGUUGGGAUCUACUGGGCACGCCCCUGGUUUCGUUGGCCAGCUCAACGAGUCAUCGGUAUUGACCAACUUGGCGAAAGAUACAGUCUCCGAAUAUCUCAAAGUUCCCGAUGGAUUUAACGUUGUUGGAGGACUGGAGCUUUCAUCCACUCACUCCGGGGUCGAAACGCUAUAUCGGAGACGAGAUCUGGCCCUAGUGGCAGGUCUACAUGCUGAGAUCCUUUCGCCAAGGGAUGCAGCCUCUCUUGCUCCUGAUUUCAUCAACGCUGCUUCUGUAAAGAACGGCUUACACUUUUCAUCAGACGGAACAGCAAAUGCACAAACUAUUACGUCGUAUUAUUGCCAACAAGCACAAUUCAGAGGAGCGAAACUUGUCGAAGCGGAAGUGACUGGGUUUGACUUCAAAAAUGGCGAGAUAACAGUUAUUCGGUCUUUGGCUGGGGAUAUACAAAUCCACGGAAGCACUGUUGUACUUGCUACUGGUAUUUGGACCUCUUCCCUGGCGAGCGAUGUGCCGUCUCCGAUCCCCAUUGUACCAGUCGCUCAUCCUUAUACAUUUACGCCACCCCGACCGUAUAGAUCUGGAACACCGUACCCAUUCAUACGUUGGUUAGACCAUCACGUCUACGCCAGAGAUCACGGAGAUCGUGACGGUAUGGGCAGCUAUGACCAUUCUCCACUGCGUCUGGCCGCCGGCCAAACCGCCAUUGGACCGUGGCCGUCCGAAUUUGAAAUGGUCUUAUCCGAAGCUUCGUCGCAUCUCAAAAAUGGAAAGAAUUUCCUAGUAAAUGGAAGCAGCGCUGAUAUGAACAAAAAACGGCCAUUUAAUGGAAUUUUCUCUGUCACUCCCGAUAAUCUCCCACUUGCCGGGAAAGUGUCGGGUAUAUCAAAUUUGUGGCUAUGUGCGGCGAUCUGGGUUACCACGGCUGCUGGCACGGCGAAGUUCAUAACAAGGGAAAUCCUUCGCGAUGGCGAUCACGCAACCCCUGAGGAUGAGGAGCUUCGCAAAGCUUUGAGUCCUGUUCGAUUCCAGGGGAUUGAGACAAGCAUCCUGGAAAAUCAGGCUUUGGCAAGGUAUAAUGACAUCUACAAUAGGGAGAUAUAA